GACGCCAAUAAGCAAGCAAGCAAAGCCACAUCUUAUUGUCACUUCCAUCUCAUUCUCCUAAUUGUCAUCACUAGCUUCUAGCUAGCUUAAUUAAUUAAUUAGCCAUGGCGGAGGAGAAGCACCACCACCACCUGUUCCACCACAAGAAGGACGACGAGCCGGCCACCGGAGUAGACUCCUACGGCGAGGGCGUCUACACGUCGGAGACGGUGACCACCGAGGUGGUCGCCGGCGGCCAGGACGAGUACGAGAGGUACAAGAAGGAGGAGAAGCAGCACAAGCACAAGCAGCACCUCGGCGAGGCCGGCGCCCUCGCCGCCGGCGCCUUCGCCCUGUAUGAGAAGCACGAGGCGAAGAAGGACCCGGAGAACGCGCACAGGCACAAGAUCACGGAGGAGAUCGCGGCCACGGCGGCGGUCGGCGCCGGCGGCUACGCCUUCCACGAGCACCACGAGAAGAAGAAGGACCACAAGAGCGCCGAGGAGUCCACCGGCGAGAAGAAGCACCACCUCUUCGGCUGAUCGACCUCAUCACAACGUCGCCGGCGGCGGCGACGACCUCGCCGUACGUCGCCGGCCGCCGUGUCGUCGAUUUGUGUGUGUAAUAAUUUGUCUUCUUCUGCAUGCGUGGUGUUGCUGUUUUUCACAAGAGUCUCCGGCCUCGACCAGUGAGAGGCUGACAGGUGGGGCCGUGAGUUCAGCUUGUGUUGCUUGAUUUUCUCUGCAGCCUUGCCCUCUGUGUGUCCAAAUAAGUGGUGUGCAUGGCUCUCUCCGUGUCAUGUAUCAAUGUAUUUUUAUCUGUACUUUGUACAAGUGAAGCAAUAUUUAUCGAACCUUGACUUUCUCCAUUCUA